CGUAGAAAUCAUUUCUUAUGUUGUGUAUGGGUGUUUGACUGACUGAUGACUAGAUGACUGAAUACUGAACAGUGGAUUGUUACAACGACUAUUACAAACAGCUUACGAGAAGAUAAGAAUAAGUAUUCGUAGUUAAUUUGAUAUCUUAUUUUGUAGCAGUGAAUAGACGGUUUAUAAAAUUUUGUACGUUAUAAAAGACAUGGAAAGAGCAGCAAGAACAUUCUUAAAUUCAUUCAGCUCCAAAUUGGAGGAGCCAGUCCGCACACACCUCAAGAAUGUGUACGCGUGUCUCACAAUGUCAACAGUGGCAGCGGCGGUGGGCGCAUACGUGCACAUGUACACGGAGCUGCUGUCUGCAGGGCUGCUCACUGUUAUAGCAGCUGUCGGCUUUCUCUUUGCUCUUAUGUCGACACCUGACAAUGGCAAGAACCGACAGAUGAGGAUCGGCUUCCUGCUUGGUUUUGCUUUCUUUUCAGGACUUGGUAUGGGACCUCUGCUGGAGAUGGCUGUAGCUAUCAACCCGCAGAUAGUGGUGACUGCCCUGCUCGGAACGUCCGUGAUCUUCGCGUGUUUCAGCGCUGCAGCACUCACAGCCGAGCGUGGUCGGUGGCUGUACCUGGGCGGCACACUCAUGAGCAUGCUCUCAGCCAUGCUGCUCCUCUCUCUUGCCAACCUGCUCUUUGGUUCCCGACUCAUCUUCCAGGUCUACCUGUACAUUGGCUUGUUCCUGAUGUGCGGAUUUGUUCUGUACGACACCCAGCUGAUCAUUGAGAAACGCCGGCAGGGGGACAAGGACUUUGUUGCUCACUCAGUCGAUCUCUUCAUCGACUUCAUCGGCAUCUUCCGCCGGCUAAUCAUCAUACUGGCAGAGAAGGAGGACCGAAACAAACGCAACAACAAGAAGGAAUGAUGAAUAACUGAAGACUGCCACGUCAGACAUGACUGUUGUGGCCGAUGUCAUUUGUAAAAUUCUAUUUGUUAAGCUGUUCAUUAAGUUUUAUUUACUAAAUUUUCAUAAUGUGUUAUAAAAAUGGAAUCUUAUUAUUUUGGAGUGUUGAGUUUUUAUUUAGUUUACUACAUAAAUUAAUGUUUAUAGGUUUAGAAUAUAUAAAGGUGGUUUCACUAUCUGCGGGUUGGUUUUGUUGACUUCCAAGAUUGAAUUUUCUGAUGCAGUUUUUUUCAAGUUAAAUAUUGCUUUUCUUCUUAUGUAUCACAGAAAGUUACUGCUUUACUUAUAAUAUAGCGAGUGUUCCGAAACUGCUGACUCUCGGAUAGUGGAGCUACCCAGCUGGUGGUAGGUAUUGUAACUUGUGUGUACUUCUUGUAUAUUGUAUUGGUAAGUAAACAUGUUUAUAAUUUGGACAAA